AUGUCUGCGUGUCACUUCCUGUUCAUAUACAUCGUCAACUUUUUUCAUGCGUUGAGAGUUACUGUGCAUCUGGUGCUUCCUCAAAAGUCUGCCAACAAAUGAAUGUUUUAUCGAACCCUAAUAGCUACUCCAAAGAUAUUGUUUAUGAUUUAAAUGCUUAUUCUGAAGAGGCUUUGGCAAUGGAGAUAUACAAAUUCAGUUCAAAUAUUGGCAACGCAAUGAAAACAUUGAUGAGGCUUGAGUUUAACUUUGGCUUAAAAACGAAGGUUGCAGGUUUUCUUUUAAACGUAGGAAUACGAAAUAUAACAUGGAACAUAAUGAAAAGGGCUGAGGUUCCUCGAGUUUGUGCCAACGAUCCUGAUUGUGUUUCGAGUAAAACUUCGUCUGGGGGAUUCGUUGUUUUUUCUUCAAAGAUUCCAUUGGAAGAGAGUAUUAUAUACUAUCUCUGUGUUAAUAUUCCUUCAUCCCAGAGCACCGAAUAUGUUUACGACGGACAGGGAAAGCAUUUGUGUAGUAAUGGGUUUGUAUUGGACAACAAAGCACCUGCCAUAGGAUAUGUGAAAGUUGAUGACUUGCAACAAGGAUUCCUGCGUAAUUUUACAGAAUUAAGGUUUAUGUGGCAUGGCUUCGAAGAUAAUACAAAAUAUGAACUUCUCGGAUAUGAAUCGGGCAUUUCAAAGUAUUCUAGCUGCUUAGGAACAUCACCUUGUUCAGAUGAUGUUAAAAAAUGCAAAGACGUAGGGCUAAAACACUGGAAUAUGGAAACAGAUCUUGAGCUUACUCCAGGACUUACGUAUUACGUGGGGAUAAAAGCUUUUGAUCAUGUUGGAAAUUCAGCAUGUGCUCACUCGGACCCAUUUGUGUUUGAUCCAUCACCUCCCACCAAAGGCAGUGUGAUUGUGGGUCAUAUUUCCAAACAUCACCACGCCAUAUCAGGUCGAACAGUUGCUGUGUACUGGAAUGGAUUCAGUGAUAAAGAAAGUGGUAUUAAAAGUUUCCUGUUUGGAAUAGGAACAACACCAGCAGUUGAUGAUGUACUCCAGUUUUAUGCAGUAGGACAACACUCAGAAAAUGUUUUGAUCAAUGACCAUAUUGUAGAGGGGCAUACAUAUUUCAUUCUUCUACAGGUCGAGAACCAUGCUGGUCUUAAGACAAUGGCAUCAUCUAUGCCAUUUCUAAUCGACAACUCGCCUCCUUUCACCGGAACAGUUUUAGAGGGAUUCAUAGGAAAACCGGAUAUGGAUUUUACGUCGAUUAUGAACUUCACAUGCCAUUGGAAUGGGUUUGAAGAUCCUCAAUCACAAAUAUACCAUUAUAACAUUGGGCUUGGAACUUAUCCAUAUGGAAAUGAUGUAAAAUCUCUUUUCAACAUAGGAUUACAGACAGAAUGGACAUGGGAUUUACCACUUUCCCAAGGAGUAAGGUACUUCACAACAGUGGAAGCAUGCAACAGUGCUGGACUUUGUUCUCGAACAACAUCAAAUGGCAUCACAAUCGAUGAAACUCCACCUGUUCCAGGUGUUAUUUUUGCAGGAUGGGAUGGUUCACAUUCGAGAUUUUCCGCUCACAGAACUUCGCUGGAGUUUCAAAUCGACGAUUUUUACGAUGUUCAUUCUGGGUUAUCGCAUUUUGAAAUUUGCAUAGAAUCUUCAAAUUCAUCAUGUGACAUAGUAGAGAAAAGAAAUAUUCGUCUAGAAACAAGUGGAACUCUGUUUAACUUAAAUUUACCAGAAAAUGAGGAAUUAUUUAUAGUACUAACAGCCCUAAACAAAGCAGGGUUGUCUACUGUAAAAGUUUCUGAUGGCAUUCGAGUCGAUUCAUCACCACCGAGUUUAAUUCAACCUCCAGAAAUUUUAAAUAGAAAUAAAAACGGUUAUGUUAUAGAUCGUUCAUUUCUCAAUCUUUCAUGGAGAUUUAAUGACGAUGAGAGCCAAAUUGUGAAACAUGUCGUUGGUGUUAAAUCCCACCAUGAAGGACAUACUGGAAUUGGUGAUAUACUACUCUCUGGUGAGAGACCCUUAGCUUUAUCCUUGGAGAAAAAAGACUGGCUGCAAAAUGGCGAUGCUUAUUACGUCACAGUUACUGCUUGUAAUGCUGCUGGACUCUGCUCAACGGCAAAUAGUGAAAAUUUUACGAUAGAUUCCAGCAAACCACAUUUCGGCCAUAUGCUUAACGCAACUUGGUCUAAUUUGGAAAAUAAAUUAGAAUUAAACCUGCAGAAUUUCACUGACGCAGACUCGUCGAUUGAUAAAUAUUACAUUGGCGUCGGAGGUAGAUAUGGUUCUUCUGAACUAAGCCAAGGAAUAAUUUAUUUACUGCAUAGUGGGAAUUGGAACGAUGAACAACAGUUACACGUAAAUAUAUACAGGAAUUUAACACUGAAUGAAAGGGUUUACUUAUCUUUGUGGUCAUCAAAUAAAGCUGGUCUCAACAGCAGUGUUCGGCAUUUUGCCUUCUAUGUUUCUAGAAUUCAGUCAAUCCACGAGGGAAAUUUGAUUCUUGAAAAACACUCUUGUGAUGCAGAAUACUGCAAUUUUGAUUGUACAUGUUCUGAGUUUGGAGAUAAAUGUACAGAGCUUGUAUCUUCUACACCUGCGUGUUCAGAGAUAAACAUAACAAAUACUCCCUCAUCACUCAGCGUAAAUAUUGGUUGGGGUUCUGUAAAGAAAUAUUCACUUUCGUCACAAUGUCUUUAUGCUAACUGGAACACAAACUCUACCAACGUUAAAAGAUUCGAAUGGAGUUUUGGUCUGGAAGGUCGUUCAGUAGGAUUUGGAGUUUUUAAUGUGCACUUGGAACAAGUUUGGCGCGAUGUUAACAACAACGAUAACGUUGUUCACUGUUUAUCGAACAAUCGCAGCUUACAGCAUGGACGACUUUAUGUUGCUUAUGUGAAGGCGUGGUGGUCGUUUACCGAUUUUACCAUCUUACAGUCUGAACCAAUACUUAUCGAUCUCACCCCGCCAGGAAUCAGGAGAGGGAAAUUUAUUAUUGAUUCCUCUGGUGAUUGUACAACGGACAUUGAUUAUAUUUCUUCAAAUAACAUAACAUCAUGUUGGCAAAAUGUGUUUACUGAUCAACAAAGCGGAAUUAUGACCUAUAAUAUCUAUAUUGGGACACAUCCCGGAGGGGACGAUGUCACUGGAAUUAACAACGUAGGAAUGGAAACGACAAAACGUUGGAUAAACCUCAAGCUGAACAGAAAUGUCAAAUACUUUGCCACAGUGGAAGCAGUAAAUAAUCUGGGCGCAACAACUACAUUAACAUCUGAUGGAUUCUCAAUAGACGAUAAGCCUCCACUUACGGGUGUUAUUUAUGCUUCCGAAAAUUUUAGAGACAAAUUUUGGUUAACGGAUGGAGAUUCAGUGGAUGCAUCUUGGGAGGGAUUUACGGACCACGGAUCAUACAUCGUAGAGUAUCAGAUUGCUCUCCAGAAAAACAACGAGAAAAACAUUAUAUUCACUCCCGUUGGUUUAAAAAAUAAGCAUUCGUUCCAAAAUAUAGAACUAAGAGAAAAUGACACCUUUUCAAUUCUGGUGAAAGCUAGAGAUGCUGCGGGCUACUUUUCUGAGAUAGUGAGGUCUAAAACUCUUUUUGUAGAUAUCACAGAACCAUUUUCUCUCGUAUGUGAAGCAUUUUUAAGUACGCUAAGCCUUACAACUGCUCUCGAGAAAAGUAUUUCAACAAACAAAAUUUUGUUUGAACGUGGUCAAAUGUAUUCAAUAAAUAUACGACUUAAGAGUUUACCAUAUCUUGUGCACGCAAAACUUUCACUUGGAAAUAUGAGUAAAAAUAUAGACUUUAAAAAGACUAACGACCAGACUUUUCACUCCAAUUACUCCUUUAUUUCUCAAGUAGAUGAAUACCAGGCGAUUCACAUUGAUAUGUUUGACUUGAACAGGUCAGAAGGAAAUAUUUCAAUCGAAAUUUUAACAUGUGACCGAACGAAAGAACUUCAUGAUGGAGGAGUUUUUGCAAGUCAGAUUUCGCCAACUGAUAUUCUUGUUUCUUCAUUCGUAGUUGAUCCUGAAAGUGGGAUUGCCGAUACAUCAAUUAACAUUGCUCAAACUCUCAAUGGUUGUCCCAUUAAGUCAGUCCGGGUUGACAAAAAUUUAGGGACGCAUUCUGUUAGCGUUUUUGUUGCCCAUGGAACAACAAUUUUUGCGUCUGUCGUUGCUAAGAACUAUGCUGGUAAAAAUAAAACUUUUCACGCUAAUAGGAUCAUUAUUGAUCAUACACCCCCAAAUUUACAAGAGCUGGGCUCGACAUACACCUCAGAAGAGAGGGGUGCCUGGGAAACUCGGUUAAAUAUUCACUGGCUUGCUAGCGAAGAAGAAAGUGAUCUGCAGUCAUGCCAGUGUGCAUUUGGUUCCAUUAGUGGCUCGGAAAACUUGCAGGGAUGGACACCUUCAUCACUUUCAGACUGUAUUUCGCUGGCUUUGAUGGUUCCACACGCUUCCUACGUAUAUCCAAAGGUUCGAUGUCGAAAUUCUGUAGGACUCGCAAGAGAAAUGCCCUUCCGUCCAGUUUAUAUUGUCUACAAGGCACCUGUCUCAUCUCAGUCAAAAAUCCAGUUCUCCGUCCACGAUGUUUAUACGAAGAGUUUUAACAAUUAUCAGCGAUACAACUCAUCAAUCUAUUUUAACUGGAAAGAAUUUGGAAUGUCUUCUUUAUCGACAGGGUACAGAUUCCAGAUAAAAGAAAACGACGCCAUUGUGUAUAACUGGACUGAUAUAGGAAGACACACGUACGCAUCUGUUAAUAGUCUCGUGCUGAAGACGGAGAAAGUAUAUACAGCUGAGGUUUAUGCAUCAAAUUCAGGGAAUCUGUGGAGUGAUAUGAUCAAUGCCUCAGUUCUUGUCAGCGAUGUAGUUCCAGUCAGAACAGGAAAUUCCUGCAGGCUUGAGAAUUCAAGUAAUAGUGAUAAAGGGUUCAUUUUAACUUGGAAAGACGUUUUCUAUGUCAAUCUUGACCUGUAUCCACAGUAUAUGGUGUACAUUGGUUCUGAACAAAGUUAUAAUGAUGUGGUGCAAGGUAUCUCAACUGGUUCCACAAAUAUAACCCUGACAGUGAGAGAAACAUGCAAGGAACUUCAUGUCGUCAUCAUCGCAAAGUAUGCAACUGGUACAGAGACACCUUUUAUGGAGAAACUGGUCGCACCCUGCCCUUGAAACAUAUCUAUUUUAUUCUGUGACUGUUCGUAGUGAAAAGUUUUUCUCAAAACUGUAUAAUGUAAAAUGGUAAAACAAACAAACAACAGAUAACAAGUAUUUUUAUAUUUGUAAAGAUUUAAUGUACAUUUGCCUUUUACAUUUUAUAGCUUCUCAAAAAGGAGUUGAUAUUUUUCAAAUAUUUUAUUUACACAUUUUUAUUCUAGUCUUCUGUUUGCAUCUAUUAAAUUUGAAUAUAUUUUAUAUUUAAUUGCUAAA